AUGUAAGAACUCAUCUAAAAAACAAAACUUUAGAUUACCUUAAAUUCUAUCUAAACUCCUGAUUACUUAAAACUUGUUCAAGACACAGAAUUAUUACAUCAAAAUAUAAUCAUAACUUUUAAUUCAAUCCAAACUAAAGAAAUUCAAGUAUUGUACUAACUAUUUAGGAUUUCUUUUUUAUUCUUAAACCAACUUUAUAACUCUAUAAUUGUAUAUGUGGUUUACUUUGUCUUGUUGCAGGUCUAGAUAAAGCCAUAUCAACAGAUUAUUUGUUUUUAUAAACAAGAGAAUGGUUACCAAGUUAGAGUCUAUUUUGUAAAAAUUAUGACUCAAUUACUUUAAUAUUAACAAAUAUUUAAUAGCAUUCUUAGAAAAAGAAAAUCAAUAUAACCAAUAUUAAGGAAGCAAUCAAAUAUAAACCAUUAGACGUUAAAAUUGAUGAUCCAUAAACUGUAACAGAGAAGCUAGAAUUAAUUCUUAAAUUUGCUAUUGAUUAUUAUGAUUCAUUCCAUAAAAUCUUAAAAUUAAAUAAGAACUUUGAAUUUCAAAGAAGAAUCAUCAAUAAAAAUAAUCCUGAUUAACUCUAAACCUAUAUGUUAGCAAAAUUAAGUAGCAAUUUUAAUUAAGACGAAUCACAGGAAUUAAUAGAUGAACAUACUUAAAUUUAAUAAGAAGAUAAAUAAUAAACUUAAACAACAACACAUCAAACUCCUUUAAAAUUUUUAAAUAGAUUUAAAGUUUUUGAUUCUUACUCAAAAAAUAUUUCUUGUAAUCCUAAAAUAUCAAUCAGUCCCUCUACCCCUAGAUACUAUACUUUAAAAAAAUAUUCUUCUUUAUAUAAAUCUCCAACAAAGAGUAUUUAAUAGGAAUCUUUUAAUUUAACAAAUGAAUGUUUUAAUUUAGAAGAAAAUGGAAGUUCUAAUAAUUUUCUACCUUUAAAUCCAAAAAUUAGUAUUUCAAAAAAUUGCCAAAUAGAAAAAGAUUUAAAAAAUUCCUAAAAUAUUAAAAAGAAACCUAAAUCUCCACGUCUACCAAUUUCUCCAAGAUAAUAAGUUAAAAAAGAAAUUCAUGUUGCAUCAUAGGAUUCCCCAAAUUUAGCAGAAAUAGCAGAAAAAAUUAAUAGUAAUGAUCCUAAUAUUGAAAUAUAACUUAAAAAUGAUAUAGAAAAUGUAAUUAAAUAAGUUAAGAAACUAGAAGGAGUAAAAAAACAUCUUUUAUGGGAAGAUGAUAGAUAAGUAUUAAUAUAAUUUAAUUUAUUUCUUAGUGUAAAUAACAUUUAUUGAAAACUGACUUAUAAAAUUCAUAAAUUUAAACUUAAUAAAAUAAACAAACUAUAGAUAAUGUUUAAUAAAUUCAAAAUUAGAAUAAAAUUUAAGUGGAAAAGAAAUAAGUAAAAUAAUUAACUUUGAAAACGGAACCAAAUGAUUUUAAAACCAAGAGGAUAUAAAGUCUUUACAAAGAAUUGGAAAGAAUGCUUGAAUAAAAAAAUUAAGCUUAUAAAGAUGCUUAAUGGAUAGAGUAAUAAGUGUAUACAAAAAAUUUAGGAAUUUAAAAAUAUUGA